UCUUUGAAUAUAUACAAACCCCUUUUAUGCACAGAAAAUAUUGUUAUGGAUUUACCUCUAUCUUUCAUAUUCUCGGUAGCCACCAUAUUCGGUUUACUGGUCUUUGGUUAUCUGGCAUGGAUAAAAGCUCGAGCCAAUAGCAGCAAUAACGGAAAGGGAAAGAAAGUACCAGAAGCUGUGGGGUCAUGGCCGAUAAUUGGUCACUUGCAUCUUUUAGCUGGUUCUCAAGUGCAUCACAAACUGUUGGGGUCUAUGGCUGACAAGUUUGGACCCAUUUUCACUAUAAAGCUUGGUGUUCAUCCUGUUUUAAUAGUUAGCAAUUCAGCAAUGGCCAAACAGUGCUUAACUACGAACGACAGAGUUUUUGCUAGUCGACCAAAAACUAUGGCAAGCGAAAUCCUCGGCUACAACUAUGCUACAUUUGGCGUUGCCCCAUAUGGUCCAUACUGGCGUGAGAUACGCAAGAUAAUUUUGCUUGAACUGAUGUCUCAUCAAAGUCGUAAAAUGUUUGCACAUAUCCGAGUAUCUGAAGUGAAGUCAUCCAUAUCAGACAUGUAUAAAACUUGUAAAAGAGAUGAGGGGUCUUCUGAAAUGAUGACAAAAGUUGAAAUGAAAGAAUGGUUUGGAAACUUGAUGCUGGACAUUGUUGUGAGGAUGAUAUUUGGCGUCCGUUUUUCCCAUGGUCAACAAAAUGAAGAUGAAUACAAGAAGGCCAUUAGGAGGGUUUUUGUACUAUUUGGUGCGUCUGUGCCAUCCGAUGCCAUCCCUGGGUUAAGGUGGUUAGAUAUUGGAGGAUAUGAGAAGACGAUGAAGAAGACAGCAAUCGAGAUUGAUGCUAUGAUCGAUGGGUGGUUAGAAGGGCACAAAAAGAUGCUUGGUUUUAAGGAGCAGGCAAACGAGAGCACAGACCGAGGCUUCAUGGCCAUCUUGUUAUCUCGUCUUCAAGAACGAAAAGAGGAUCUUUAUGGAUUCAGCACUGAUGUGGUUGUGAAAUCCACAUGCAUGGCAUUGUUACUAGCAGGCACUGACACGACAAGUUCAACUCUAACAUGGGCAUUAUCUUUACUAGUUAACAAUCCUCAUGUGUUGGAAAAAUGUCAAAAAGAGCUCGAAAAAUAUGUGGGAAAGGAUAGAUUUGUUGAGGAGUCGGAUUUGAAGAACUUGGUCUAUCUUCAAGCAAUCAUAAAAGAAACGAUGCGACUUUAUCCAGCUGCACCACUUUCUCUUCCUCAUGUUUCCACUGAUGACUGCGUUGUCGGUGGCUACUCUGUCCCUAAAGGGACUCGCCUUAUGGUAAAUCUAUGGAAAAUUCAUCAUGAUCCUGAAGUAUGGACUGAUCCCUUUGAAUUCCAACCGGAAAGAUUCUUGACAAGCAACAAGGAAAUUGAUGUCAAGGGUAAGCAUUUCGAGUUGAUCCCUUUUAGCAGUGGUAGAAGAAUAUGCCCCGGAAUCACUUUUGCUCUUGAAGCAAUACAGUUGAUAUUGGCCAACAUGAUACAUGGAUUUGAGUUCCAAAAUCCAUCAAAUGAUAAGAUUGACAUGACUGAAAGCCCUGGAUUGUCAAAUGUCAAAGCUUCUUCGCUUGAGCUCCUUGUUUCUCCAAGACUGCCCCCACAUGUGUAUCGAGUGUCAAUUUAGGCCUUAAUGUACUGCGCAACUCCUGCUGCAGCACCAUUUGUAUCGUGAGCCUUUGCUAGACGAUAUCCUCUUUAUAUAAAAUAAAAACACCGUUUAUAACUUGUAAGUGUGUACAAGAUCUUAUACUACGCAUAUGAAAAGAUAACAAGCAUGCCAUGUAUUUUUAUCGUUAUGUAAAAGAAAUUUCAUAUAUAGUGAAAAGUUAUAUGUGAAUAAGGGGAAAUAA